ACAGUGCAGUGCCUCCGCAGUCCAGAGGGGAGCUGUGCGCUAGGCUCCGAGCCGGACGGGUUUCGUAAUCGCGUCGCCGCCGCUUCCGCCCUCAGCCGGCCCCACCUCUGCCGGCUCGUCCUGGGCUCCCCCACCGGGCCGCAGAGCUAGCCCGGGAAGCCCACACUGGCGGCCACGGAGCAGAGCCCCUCACCCCCGCCAGCUGUAGCUGAACGUCUGGAUACCGGAGAAGAGCAGAUGAUCUGUAUUGGACACACGUGGAGAUAUGGCCAUGCCACACAUGUGCAAACAGAGGUGUACACACAGGAGUGCAGUGAUACAGGACACAGAUAAACAGAAUGUACACAGCCUUCAGGAAGGAUCUCAAGGUCAGGGUUCCGAGUCUGAGGAAGACAUAACCUUGUGCCUGCCUGCCCACCUCUCUCUCUGGUCCUGUUCAUCUUCAGGCUCUGAGACACUGACCUUCACUGCUCAGUUAAGGGUUCCAGGGAUUCUACUUUCUCUGGACCCAUCCAGCUGAGUGAACCCAGGGUGUUGUUAUAUCUGGGGAGAGUGAGGAGUGGGUUGUCCAAAUACCAGAGCAAGAGCCCUUUGGGGCCUCAGACAGAGGAGUGAAGCUGGAACCAUCAGGGAACAUGAGUGAAUUUUGGCACAAACUGGGCUGCUGUGUGGUAGAGAAACCCCAGCCGAAGAAGAAGAGAAGACGGAUUGACCGGACCAUGAUUGGGGAACCAAUGAAUUUUGUCCACCUGACUCACAUUGGCUCUGGGGAGAUGGGGGCCGGAGAUGGACUUGCCAUGACAGGUGCAGUUCAGGAGCAGAUGAGAUCCAAGGGAAACCGAGAUAGGCCAUGGAGCAAUUCUAGGGGCUUAUAGCUCCAAUAAUGGAACGGUUCUGCCAUCUUGAAAACCCCAUUCUGUUUCCAGCCCAGAAGAAAUGCUGCCCCUACCAGAUCCCUCCUUGAACCAGUGAUCUAAGGACCCCUCUUUUCCCUAUCUGCCUAACAGUGCCUCAUAAGGCUUGGGGGCUGGACUCCCUCUACUCCCUCUGGCUAUAGCCCCUCCUGGAGAUGGGGUCAAGGCAGCAGGACUGACCAAGUGACUACUGGUUAGCCAGAGGAGCUCAGCUGAAGCCCUGGACACCCUCAGAUCUGAGAUAGGAGUUCUCUAGGAACCUGGAAUGAGUUCCUGUCUCCUGAAUGAUGGUCUGGGUGCCACCUGUUUUUAAACUCUUAACCUGGAACUCCUUAAAUGGGGUAGGUGGGUGAAAUUAUCAAAGCUGAAGCUGGCUUUGCUGAAAAGCUCCCUACCUCCCUGCCGUUCUUCCUCCUGGAAUGAACUAAAGCAGAUGUCAAACGGGCUGGUGGGGGUGACUACUCCCUUUUCCACUCUUUAGAUUUCAAACCUUAGGCUCACAGCCCCUCAAUAUCUCUCUGCUAAUACCAGUGUCUCUCUCUAGUUAGGCCUCUAAUCAAUCCUCUGUUUCUGUUUACCAGCUUCCCAGCAACUUUCCUCUUUUAAAAUAUUAAAAAUUUAAUUCAGGUUCUCUUAAUCCCCAUCCUGCUGUUGCCUCCACCCUUAACUCUAUCCCUAUUAGGAACCUUGUUUCCCACCGAAUAAGAGUUAAGGUAAGAGAUAGCUUUUCACCUGAUGACAUUCCAUUUAAGUCUUGGGGCAUUUUUCCUGCCCUCUGCCAACCUCCCUGGUGGCCCAGGUGAGAGGAGGAAGAGGGGUCUGGAGAGAAACCCAGAAUGCAGCAGAACUAGGAGUAAGUCCAUCUCAAGGUGAACUUCUGAUCAUUGAGGAUGGUGAGAUAAAUAGGUUGAAAACAAUCAUCUGUGAGUUUAGGAGUCUUAAGAUCCUCACAGCACGGGAGCAGGGAGAGGCUCUAGAACAAGGUUUCACAACCGAGAUGCCUUUGACAUUUUGGGCUGAAGUGUUCUUGGUAAAGGAUACCUGUUUCCUGUUUUGUGCAUUACAGGAUAUUUGGCAGCAUCCCUGGCCCACCCUAGUUAUGACAACCAAAAAUGUCUCUAUACAUUGCCAAAUUUCUCCUAGGGGGCAAAAUCGCCUCCAUUUGAGAACCACAGCUCUAAAGUCAAGAUAUUUUUCUCUGAAGUGAUUUCUGCUUGGCACGCUACCCUCAUCAUGUUACUCAUCUUAAGCCCGAGCCAUGGAUGAACUAGGAGCUCGUAUAAAUGAGGCUCAGCAGGGCUGCACAUAAUCUCCAAACAAUUCUUUAUUCAGUGUUUUGCUUGUGCUCGCGUGUUGCUGUGAUGGACAGGUCCCAUGCUCCUCCAUUCUCGCCCUCUGGAGAAGUGGUUCCUGCAGUGUAGAUAUGAACAGGGUAUGGUAGGAUUGAGGAUGGGGGAGAGAGAAGCAGUAGAUACACUCCUUAUCCUCCCCAAAUUUUAAGCUCUAUUUCUGUGCCCUAGUCCUAGAACCAGACACACAUUAGACUCAGGGAGUUUUGUCUGAAGACCAGGUCCCACUGCCCCCCCCGGCUGAAGAGUCUGCUUUAGAUGGGAAAACAACGUAGGAGCAGGGGUCUUUAGGCACUUUCAGUAUUCUCAGGUGUUCUUUGUUCUGGCCCUUCCAGGGUAAUAAGGAAGGCAGAACAAGACAGAUGAGCUCCUGCCUGCUGUGAGACAAGGCUGGGGUCUCAUUCCAUUUGCAACAGGAAACAUCCUGUUCUAUGGUAGUGGGGUCAGGAAGGUAGGAACUGGUAUCCAUUCUGCCAAUUCCACCACCCAUUCAGUUUGCUUAUACCUACAGAGCAGUGACUGAGGUUCUAUUUUUUUUUUUUAAUUUCCAUGUAUUUUCUGCCAUUUUUCAGGGUCUAAGAUUGGUCCUACAUUCCCAAUUUACUCUCAGUUCCAGUCAAGCUGGUUGCUCUGAAAGUAACCCAACUUGUUGCCCUAAAAUACCUCAGUAGCCUGAGUGUUAUACUAGAGAUCUAAAGGGUUAACAGGAUAGGGUAGAAAGAUUAGAGACUCCUGGAAAUCUCUGGUUACCAUGAUCUUCAGCCCCAUUUAAUACCUGUUCUUUGGACACAGUCUUUUUCCUUUGGUGCUCUCUUGCCUUUAGCUACCUUCUCUAAUAUGUAUGCUACCAUCACUAAUAAAGUGAUGGGAAUGGGUUUGAGAGUCAUAAUUUAUAUUAAAAAGUUGUUGGACUUUUAAAUACAUUUUUCAAAUAAAAAAAUUUAAGCAAAA